UGUAGCUUUGCAGGUUACAAAACCCCGACGCAUGGCUUGUAUGGCCCCCUCAGCGGCUGACGCCGAAGACAGUAAAGCCUUGGUGAGGAGGUUGUUGAGAGAAGUGCUGGUGGGUCGAGAGGAUCCAGAGGGGUUCUUCGCGAUGUGUGUGUCCGUCCUAGGGCACCAGGAGACCCGCUCGCGGUUCCUGUCCCUCAUCCGGCCCCUGUCCACGGCCAACAGCUCCCUGCACACCGACCUCACCUCCAUCUACCGGGAAUAUUUCUCUAAGACUGAAGAUGAUGAACUGGAACUUGCAUUGGCUCUGUCUGUGCUGGAGAUAAAAGAUCACCAGCUGUCAUCCCCCAGCCAAGAGUCCCUACUUCAGCAGCUCGGAGACCGACCGAAUCAAAGCAGCUCUGUUCAACUGACCUCAGCAUCUCAGCCUCAGGGAGGCAGCCACACCCGGCUAUCAGAUUUAGCUAGUGGGAGAAAAUAUACCCACUCAGCACAAACUGGACCUUGGGGCAAGGUGUGCCCACCACAGACAACCAGAGAGACUGAGCUUCAGAAAGGCACACAUGUUGUGAAAUGUAAUAAGGAGACACCAGGAACAAGUCAAACUGUGAGUGUCUCCAGACCGUCUGCCUCACUUUCCAAACAAGAGACAGUUAUAGAAGGUGACCAAAUGAUAGAGGAGGGAGAUCUGAAUCAAUCAGAGAGAGCAAGACGCUCUAAGAACAGGCGACAGCGGCGUAAAGGGGGUGGCCAGCAGGUUGUAGGUUUGCCCCGCUCUCCGUCGGCACCGCCACCAGUGCUGCUGUGGCUUAGGAGAGAUUUGCGACUGUGUGACAAUCCUGCUGUCAUUAGCUCAUUGGAGGUUGGGGCACCUGUCAUCCCUGUCUUCAUCUGGAGCCCCGAAGAAGAGGAGGGACCUGGGAUUACUGUGGCUGUGGGUGGGGCGUGUAAAUACUGGCUUCAUCAAGCUUUGUCUUGUUUCUGUUCAUCUCUGGAGCGCAUUGGCAGCCAUCUUGUCUUCCUCAAGGCAAAUGGAGAGGGGAACGGGGUUGGAUCUUCUCUGCGUACCCUUAAGGAGCUGAUAAAGGAGACCGGGACAAGAACAGUGAUGGCUAAUGCCCUGUAUGAGCCCUGGCUGAAGGAGAGGGAUGACGCGGUGGUGUCAGCUCUGCAGAAAGAUGGUGUUGAAUGCAGGAUGUUCCACUCUAACUGUCUCAGAGACCCUUACUCUGUCAGCACGGAGGGUGUAGGACUCAGAGGAAUUGGUUCAGUGUCUCACUUCAUGAGCUGCUGUAGACAGAACCCAGGGUCUGCAUUAGGGGUUCCUCUGGACUCUCCAGUAUCUCUCCCCACACCUGCCCACUGGCCUCAGGGUGUCUCUUUGGACACACUAGGGCUGGCACGCAUGCCCCGCAGGAAGGAUGGCACAACGAUUGACUGGGCAGCUAACAUUCGCAAGUCCUGGGAUUUCAGUGAAGAAGGAGCACAGGCCCAGCUUGAGGCCUUUCUUCACGAUGGUGUCUAUAGGUACGAAAAAGAGUCAGGCAGGGCAGAUUCUCCGAACACCAGCUCUCUGUCUCCCUACCUUCACUUUGGUCAGCUCAGCCCACGCUGGCUAUUGUGGGACGCCAAAGGGGCACGCUGUCGACCCCCAAAGUUCCAACGCAAACUGGCCUGGAGAGACUUGGCCUAUUGGCAACUAACACUAUUUCCUGACCUCCCCUGGGAAUCCCUCAGGCCUCCAUACAAGGCUCUGCGGUGGAGCAGUGAUCGUGGCCACCUGAAGGCCUGGCAGCGUGGUCAGACAGGCUACCCUCUGGUGGAUGCGGCCAUGAGGCAGCUGUGGCUGACAGGCUGGAUGAACAACUACAUGAGACAUGUGGUGGCGUCUUUCCUCAUAGCAUACCUCCAUCUGCCCUGGCAAGAAGGCUACCGCUGGUUCCAGGACACGCUAGUGGAUGCAGAUGUUGCCAUAGAUGCUAUGAUGUGGCAGAAUGGGGGCAUGUGUGGUCUGGACCACUGGAACUUUGUCAUGCACCCCGUAGAUGCAGCAAUGACCUGUGACCCCUAUGGCAGCUAUGUUAGGAAAUGGUGUCCUGAGCUUGCAGAUCUGCCUGAUGAGCUGAUUCAUAAACCCUGGAAAUGUCCUGCAUCUAUGCUUCGACGUGCAGGUUUGGUGUUUGGCCAGACAUAUCCCGAUCGAAUAAUUACAGACCUAGAGGAGCGAAGGAGUCAGUCUUUGCAAGAUGUAGCUCUGGUGCGGAAAGAGUUUGGACAGUAUGUGGACAAGCGCACAGGCUGCGACCUGGUUCCUCUGCCCCCACGCCUCGUCUCGGAGGCCCUGGGCCUAUCGCACAGGAAUGGUGGUGUGGUGACAGAAGGGAAGCAGUUCCUCUUGCCUGUUAUCACCCGCAUGGAAUUCAAACAUCAGCUGGAAGAUCCGGACGCCGAUGCCGCCUCAAAUCCCUACAAUGCUGUUCUGAAGGGGUACGUGAGCCGCAAAAGGGAUGAGACCAUCGCCUUCCUUAAUGAGAGAGACUUUACUGCCAGUGUGAUGUAUGAGGGAGCACAGAGAAAGGAGAGGCUGGAGAGCGAUUAUCGCAGAAUGGAGGGACUCCCUCGGCCUCCUGCACCUCGAGGCAGGGCCAGACGAACUCCGACAGCCAAGGACAGGUUCUCUAUAGUACCUGGUGGGGCAGUCACUUCACUCAGGUGACCCAGAGAUCAAGACUUUAAAUUUACAGGUUUUAAGAAACCAGACUGUUACUAGCCUUCAAGUACAAAUGUUACAGCAAUAAAAAUUCUUUCAGUGCAAAGAUGGGGCAGGGAUAGAUUCGCUUGUGUUGACACAACUGAUAAAAAAGUUUGAGAGGGGGCUGCAAAAUGCCCUUAACAUUUUGUACAUUGAGUAUUCAGUAUAAUUUAGUUAUCCAAUAUACUUGAUUUUGGUUCAGCUUCCUUUCUUAAAGGUCUGUAUUUUUUAAUCAUGAAAAUUUGAGGUGUUUCACGUAACUAAAACCCAUAUUGUAAAGUGUGAGAACUGAGUGAAGGAAAGUGGCAUUCAGUAUUUCUCAGCAGAUCAUUUUUAAAGUACAUGCCCGUUUUAGUUUGCGAGCUGAUGUAAACAGCAUCAGAAAAGCUGAGAUUUAGGUGUGUGUGUGUGUGUGUGUGUGUGUGUGUGUGUGUGAGUGAAAACUACACACACACACACACACUACCUCCACCUUGAGGUGGAGGUAGUGUCAGGUUCUAAUCUUGUUCUGAAUUUUGUUUUUGGAGCUACUUUUUUGUUACAUGUGGAUCGGAUGAGGCUUUCUUUGCAUGUACUUCAAGUAAUGCAAAAUAACAAAUAUGCAAAUAGCAUUUAUAUUAUGUGAUUAUGGGUGAAUUCACAUUGAGUGGAAUUAAAUGGCAAGCUGUCAUUUUUUUAAUACUUUGGGAAAUAAAAAAUGAGGGAGGCAACAAAUGUGUAAGGAAAUGUUUAUUUUCUC